UCCGCGGCCACGCGGGGGGCACGGCGGCCGCGGCUUUAAAAGGAUGGCUUGCCCGGCUUCUUUUGCUCCCGCCCCUCCAGCUAACGCUCCUAUCUGUCCGUUCAUUCAGCGCUAAGCAGCUGCUCCGCGGUGCCCGGCGGGCCGGCGGAGGGGCGCCGCGGCGGCCCCCGGUGGCCCCGUGCCCUCUGCGGCCGCGGCAUGGCGGGCCGGGAGCCCUUCACGGCCGUGCUGUCCGCGCUGCGCCGCUGCUACGCCGAGGCCGUCCCGCUGGAGACCUUCGUCCGGCGCCUGGGGGGCGGCGGCGCCGGGGACGCCGAGGUGCUGCGGGCCGACGACGGCCCCGGGUACCGCACCUUCGUGGGGCAGUGCCUCGUGUGCGUCCCCCGCGGCGCCCGCCCCAUCCCGCGGCCCUUCACCUUCCAGCAGCUAUCUAGUCAGAGUGAAGUUACCUCAAGAGUCGUUCAGAGACUGUGUGAAAAAAAGAAGAAGAAUGUCCUCGCAUAUGGAUACUCCUUACCAGAUGAAAACAGUUCUCAAUUCCCAGUUGUGCCAUUUUCAAAGAUACACAGCUACCUACCCAAUACUGCCACGGAAACUCUUUGUAUCAGCGGCUUCUGGGAGACAUUGUUGAGCCGGAUAGGGGAUGAUGUGAUGAUGUAUUUAUUGGAACACUGUGCAGUCUUUAUGCUGGUUCCCCCUAGUAAUUGUUAUCAAGUUUGUGGGCAACCAGUUUAUGAACUUAUUUCAUAUAAUGUAGAUUCACCCCUGGUAUUUUUUAGACAAAGGUUCUCAAAGUAUAAAUGUACUAGCUUGCUUAAAUAUGUGCGAAAAAGGCUUAUGUUUCAUAGAAAAUAUCUUUUAAAGUCAUAUGAGUGGAAAUACAGACUAAGACCUGAAGAUAAUGUCUCCAGAAUGAGAAAUGAAGGAAAAAACAAGAGACAAAGCUUAGCGCCCGCUGACCAGUGUUCUGCAAAAGCUGUUUCUGAAGCAAGCAAACAGAUCAAAAUGGUUACUGAAUAUCAGGAAAAAAAGAGUAGCUCUGGUUCAUGUGUUUCAGCUACAGCUCCAUCUCGAAAAAGAAAGAUUCCUAGAGAACAACCUGAAAUUCCAGCCAAGAGGGCAAAAACAGGGGAGAAAGUGAGAGAGGAAAAGGCUUGUAGUCUUGUUCCUGAUUUAAACCAAAGUAGUUCCGAGAGAUCUGAAACUGAGUAUGUAGCACCACAUAAUGAAAGUGUCAUUAAAACCCCCCAUAUUUCUGAAAGAAGUAACAAUGCUGUGUCUGGCCCUUCUUUAGUUCACACAUCUCGUGGCAGGAUGAAGUUUGUGGCAGGUAAAAGCUAUCUUCUGCAGGGACUUCAACGUAACAAACCUUUAGGCUCCAACACUGAAAUGCAAGCAGAAUCCCACAGGAAAAGAGUAGAGAUGCAUACCUAUGAAUCUCAGUUGCCUUCAGGACAAACCAAACCCAUGGAGGGUACCUCAAAAUGCAGAGGGGGGGAAAGUCCCCAACCUCAUUUAUCUAAGAAGUUACCAAAUAGACUCCUGAGUUCUGCAGUAUACAUUGAGAAGAAGUCUCUUCUGUAUUCUUGCAGGAGUUUCCAUGAAUGUUUUCCUAAAUCAUUUAUACUGAAUCACUUGCAGGACUCUCAGGCAGGUGGAAGAUACCUUGUAGAAGCUAUAUUUUUUAGCCAAAAUCACGUGCAGCAAAGGCAUAACCAAAGUCUGCCAAAACGCAAGCAGAGAAAGAAGGCGUUGCCCAAACGCUACCAGCAAAUGAGGCAUACAUUUCAGCAACUGCUAAAGAACCAUGGAAAGUGUGCUUACUUAGCUCUCUUGAGAAAAAAUUGCCCCAUUCGGAUAUCUGAUAUCAGUAUGAGAAAAAUCAAUCUGUCUUGUCAGGCAGUCUUGCCUGGGGAAGCAAAGGUUCAGAAGCCAGCAGAACAGUUUGAGAAAGAGCCUGCUAAGUGUGUGACAAGCAGCAGAUGUGAAUCUGGUCACACUGAUGUGCCAGACAACUUAGGAGCACCCCUUGCAGACUCUGUGCACGGGGAGUCGUUGCCGAGUAAGGAGCAAAACCCGGGAGAGGCACGUGAUUCAGCCCUCAGGGAGCUCCUCAAGCAGCACAGCAGCUACUGGCAGGUGUACAUGUUUGUGAGGGAUUGCCUGGAGAAAGUCAUCCCUGCUGAGCUUUGGGGUUCAAACCACAACAAGUGCCGCUUCCUAAAAAAUGUCAAAGUGUUCAUUUCCAGGGGGAGGUUUGCUAAGGUUUCGUUGCAGGAGUUGAUGUGGAGGAUGAGAGUGAAUGACUGCAUGUGGCUUCGUCUAGGCAAAGGUGAUUACUUUGUUCCUGCUGAUGAACAUUGUUUCCGUGAAGAACUUUUGGCCAAAUUCCUGUACUGGCUGAUGGGUACCUAUGUUGUUGAGCUGCUCAGAUCAUUUUUCUAUGUCACCGAGACGAUGUUCCAGAAAAACAUGCUCUUCUACUACCGAAAGUUUAUUUGGGGCAAGUUACAGAACAUUGGCAUUAGAAACCAUUUUGUCAAAGUACAGCUACGGCCUCUGUCUUCAGAGGAGAUGGAAACUAUCCGUCAAAAGAAGUUUGUUCCUGUGGCAUCAAAGCUGCGGUUUAUUCCCAAGCCAAAUGGGUUGAGACCCAUAGUAAAAGUCAGCGGUGUUGUCGAGCCACUAGCACUCAGCAAGGAAAGCAGAGAAAAGAAGAUGAAUCAUUACAACACUCAACUAAAAAAUCUGUUUAGUGCAUUAAAUUAUGAACGGACUAUAAACACCAGUUUUAUAGGCUCUUCAGUGUUUGGGAAAGAUGAUAUCUACAAGACAUGGAAGCAGUUUGUUACAAAGAUUCUUGAAUCUGGUGGUGAAAUUCCUCAUUUCUACUGUGUAAAGGCUGAUUUGUCCAGGGCUUAUGAUGCCAUUCCUCACAAUAAGCUUGUGGAAGUGAUUUCGCGGGUCCUGAAGCCUGAGAAGAGAACCGUGUACUGCAUACGGCGCUAUGCUGUGAUUAUGAUCACCCCAAGUGGAAAAGCCAGGAGGCUCUAUAGGAGACAUGUUUCUACUUUCAAGGACUUCAUGCCAGACAUGAAGCAGUUUGUGUCCCAGCUUCAGGAGAAUGCCUCAUUGCAAAAUGCAAUAGUAGUCGAACAGAGCUUAACUUUCCAUGAGACAAGUUCCAGCCUGUUUAAUUUUUUCCUUCAAAUGAUUCAUAACAGCAUCCUGAAGAUUAGGAACAGGUACUACUUACAGUGCUGUGGAAUUCCACAGGGCUCCAUUUUGUCAACCUUACUUUGCAGCUUAUUCUAUGGAGAUAUGGAAAACAAAUUUCUCUCUGGAAUAAAGCAGGAUGGAGUCCUAAUACGUCUUAUUGAUGAUUUUUUGCUGCUUACACCACAUUUAAUGAAGGCAAGAACUUUUCUAAGGACUCUAACAUCAGGUAUUCCUGAGUACGGCCUUUUAAUAAACCCAAAUAAGACAGUGGUGAAUUUUCCUGUUGAUGAUAUCCCAGGAUGUUCCAAAUUUAAACAGCUGCCAGAUUGUCGUUUGAUCCCGUGGUGUGGUUUGUUAUUAGAUAUAAAAACACUUGAGGUUUACUGCGAUUACUCCAGUUACACCUGUACUUCCAUCAGAUCAAGUCUUUCCUUCAAUUCAAAUAUAACAGCUGGGAAAAACAUGAAAUACAAACUGAGUGCAGUCCUCAAACUGAAAUGUCAUAGUUUAUUUCUUGAUUUACAGAUCAACAGCCUUAGAACAGUUCUCAUUAACAUCUACAAGAUAUUUUUGCUACAGGCUUACAGGUUCCAUGCCUGUGUUCUCCAACUUCCAUUCAACCAGCAAGUUAGAAAAAAUCCUUAUUUCUUCCUAAGGAUUAUCUCUCAGACUGCGUCAUGCUGCUAUGCUGUCCUGAAAACAAUAAAUGCAGGGAUUGCUGAAGGUAACAAAGGUGUAUCUGGCAUAUUCCCUAUUCAGGUAGCAGAAUGGCUCUGCUACCAUGCCUUCACUGUCAAACUGUCAAAUCAUGAAGCUGUUUACAAAUGUCUGCUUACAUCCUUAAAAGUCUGUAAGAGGCAGCUCAUCAGGAAUAUCCCAGAGGAUACUGUGGCACUACUGCGGGCAGUGACAGAACCAUCUCUUUGUCAAGAUUUCAAAGCUAUCCUGGACUAACUGAUUGAGGUCUAUUUCAUAAUUUUCUCAGGUUUGAAAAUAAAUGCUAUGUCUUAGGUGACUUCUCUGCAAUUUAUUUUGAUAAAGUGGGCCAAAAGCAAGUUCACUCAGAAGUUUUAUGUGUUUGUUUCUCAGAUACCAUACAAGCAUAUAAAAAGAGCAGACAGUUUUGUUAGUACCUCUCGUUUGGGUUUUUUGUUUGUGGUGUUUUUUUUUUUUUUUGUAAACCCACAGGCUGUUUGAAGUAAUUUAUUUGGUUAUGUUCCAUGACUUGCAUCUUCUUGAUGAAGGAGUCAUUAAACUGUGUACAAAAUUAUUUACUUUCUUGGCUCAAUGAGUUAUCUUGAAGGUUGUUUUUUUUUAUAACUUCUGUGUUGCAGACUAUUUUAUAAUAAAUUGGUUGGUUAAUUGUAAUAGCAUGUAUUUGUUUCCAAGGCUUUUAUUUUAUAGUAAUCUUUAAUAUGCUGGUUUAUGUCAUGAAAGCAGUUACCUACACAGGGCAAAUGCAUUUCAUGACAAGAUGCAGAGGCUAGAAAUUUUAUGCUUUGCAGAUCACAGCCAAUAUAUGCCAAAAUUUCACUGUCCAAGCUGAUUAUUUGAUAUAUGUUUUAUUUAUUUUGAAUAUUUAGUGAUAUUUUUACUACUGUGCUGUAUAGAAUGAUGCUGAUCCACUUAUACCUACAAAACAAAAGUUCUCAAUUAGAUAAUAUACCAGGUAUAUUGCUUUUCUGUUUGCAUAUCUCUGGCUCUGUAAAAACAAAUUUUUUACAAGGAUAUAUAGUGAUAGAAAAAAGGAGAAUGGCUUUAAACUGGGAGUUGGCUUACAUUCAAUAUAAGGAAGAAAUUAUUUACUGUGAGGGUGUUGAGAUGCUAGAAGAGGUUGCCUAGAGGAGUCAUGGUUGCCUCAUCCCUGGCAAAUCCCCCCCAACAAAGAGACCAGUGACUGAUUUGCAGUAUUCAGUCUGCCCAUUAACAUUGUAACUCAAUUCAGAAUGUACAGUCAGUCAUAC